AUGUUGAAUGAUAGCGUAGAAAAAACUAGCACUGCUGAAAUUACUCGUAUAAUUAAAACCUUAAAGUCUAAGAAAUCAGCUGGCUUUGACUCCGUGUCAAACUUUAUAGUUAAAAAAUUUCCUCCAAGUUACAUUGAAUGCUUAGCUAACUGCUUCAAUACAUGGCUAAACGAGUGUCGUUAUCCAGAUGACUGGAAAAUUUCAAAAAUCAUUACUCUAAAUAAGUUGAAAUCGGGUAUCCCAAAGUGUGAGCAAACUCGUCCAAUUUCUUUGUUAGCUACACAUUCAAAGCUGUUCGAAAAAGUGCUCUUACUAAGAAUUAGACAUUGGGCUGAAACAGAUCGUUUAGUACCGCCAGAACAAUCUGGUUUCCGCCCAAGAGGUCUUCUACGAACUCGAGUACUUUCGAUAUAUCAGGAAGUGAAAAACAACAUGGCAGCUAAUAUUCCGACUCUUGCCCUAUAUGUUGAUUACCAACAGGCUUAUGGUCGUGUAUAG